AUGCAAAAAGCCGAUCUCACAGACACCGCUCCCCAAACGACAUUGAUAGUCAUUUUUCAGGACGCCAUGGAAGUAAAGGAGACGAUCGGAGUGAAAGAAGCAGAAAAAUGUCGAGCAGACUGGGAGCCGGUAGUAAUGGAUGGAGAUGAGAGCGAGGGAAGGAACCUGACGGUGGAGAAAGUGGUGACUGACUUGUGGGAAGGGAAAGAGGAUCGCUACGAGACAGCGGUGAGAUUUUGA